AUGAGAGGAGAUGGAAAUUUAGUGAAGAGGAAGAGAGUGGGUUUCAACAUACAAAGAGGAGAGGUGGAUAUUGCUUUCAUACAAGAAACAAAACUUAGGGGAGUGCAGUUUAAAGUUGUUAGAGAAUUACGGGGAGCUGCCUUGGUUGAGUGGUCUCAUUCGGAUGCGGAGGGUGCUUCGGGAGGUAUUAUAAUUAUGUGGAGGAAAUAUUUCUUUAAAAUAAUUUCUAAUUUUAGAGGAGAAGGUUUUUUAGGUAUAUGUGUGGAAAAGGAGGACAUAAUGAUUUAUUUUUUCAAUAUCUAUGCAUCUAGUGAUCAUAAUGUUAGAUUGAGAAGUUGGAGAAGGUUAAUGGAAAUCAAGAGGAAAAGCAGCGCCGAAUCUUGGUGUAUCGGAGGGGAUUUUAAUAUGAUAACUUCAUUGGAUGAGAGAAUUGGUAUCUCAAAGAAGAAUUAUAGAAAGGAGAUAGAAGAUUUCAAGGAGUUUAUAGAGGAGAUGGAGUUGGUGGAUCCUCCUACAAUAGGAGGCAAGUUCACGUGGAGUAAUAGAAGUGGUAGAGCUAUGAGUAGAUUGGAUAGAUUUAUUCUUUCGAACAAUUUCAUUGUUGAUUGGAAGGUGGAAAGUCAAACUAUAGGGGAAAGGGAUAUCUCCGAUCAAGCUCCAAUUUGGAUCAAAGAUAAUAAGAGGAAUUAG